GGCGGCGAUGGGACGGCGCGCCAAAGCGGAAGUGAACCGGAUAGACGACAUCGCAGUUAAUUGUUCCGAAUAUCUGGGGAGGAAAGGGGGGGGGAUGAGGGAGGAACCGGGGAAACUGCCCACACGGAUUAGCAAUUCGGUAACGGUAGAAGGGACAAUUGGAGGAAACUAGGGUAAAGGAAUUCGCGAGAGUACCCGAGGGAUAAGGAUAGAUGAGGAAGAGUAGGGAGGAAUAGAGCUCGGAUGGAAGGAGGGCGGUGGUGGUAGUGGGGGAAGUUCGGAAGCUGCCGUUAAGCCGGAGCUUCUUCUGCAACUUGCGACUUGCAACUUGCUGGGCAGUAAACUUGCUCUGCACUUACCAAGGCCACUGAUUCACUGAUUCACUGAUUUCCACUGAUUAUCUACUACGGAGCAGAACGGAGGUUGAACCCGGCAAAUGGUUUGGAGGUGAUUCCCAAGAAAUGGAAGAAGGAAGAACAGGAUGGUCAGGAGGGGAUUUAAGAAAAGAGUCAGAUGGCACAGGCAAACCAACAGCUCUUAUCCCAGCAGGAAAAACCCUUUUGCCCUUCCCCGGCAUCUGGUGACUGUGACUGUUCAGUCAUUCAUUUCUCCAUUAUUUCCCUUUCCGCCCACCGUUGAUGACCCUCCCCGGGCCAUCGCCGAAGCCGGACUCUGGGCAAGCUUCCCCGGAGAGGAGAGAGAGAGAGCCCAGAGAGGGUGUGAGUCGUCGCAUCAUAUGCGCUUCAUGGGUCUCGGCAAUACUACCAUGAUUUUCCACCUCUCCCCAACCUAAUCUGAUUCUUGCUUUUUAUUGCUUGACAGAUAGGAGGAGGAAUGUGUCCUCCCC